GGUCCAUUUGUGCCAGCAUGGCCCCUGCAAGCCAGGUAAUUGUACCAGAUACAACCACGCUUGAUUCUCUACAUCGGGCAAGUCAACAUCUGCCAAAUCUGGGGUAAGCCACAUUCCAGGGGAGUGAUGGUUCCCUCAAAAACAAAACAAUCAUGCGUCCAUCAAUGACCUUGGCUAGCGCUCAGUAUGGAUCAAUGAACUGGCAAGGGAUACGAUACUCUCCUUUCGGACAAUGUCCUUAUAAGGUUCUUCAAUGCCUCCAACGAUGUUCGUCCUCUCACAACGCUCGAGCUAUUCGCCUUGACUAUUACUGGGACUGCCAGUAUGCUCGAACGCCUCUUUCUCGCCUUCGUGGUGUCUAGUAUCGCCGUUGCCUUUCCUGCUCCGCGCGAUACUCCACCUCCAGAUCCUCCCAAUGUCCCUAUCGUCUUUCCAGAGAGGAGCCAACUUGCCGAUUGUCCAGGCUAUGCUGCUUCAAAUGUCAAACAGACAGACUCUUCACUCACUGCGGACCUUACACUCGCUGGUCCGGCAUGCAACAGUUACAGUCAGGAUCUUCAGAAUUUGAAAUUGGUAGUUGAAUAUCAGACAAAUGAGCGGCUCCACGUCCAGAUAUUCGAUGCAGAAGAGAACGUUUUCCAGGUGCAGCAAGAGGUUCUUCCGAGGCCACAACAUGAACAGGCCUCCUCCUCCAAUGCUGCACUACAGUUCAAUCUGACCGAAAAUCCAUUCUCCUUUGCCGUUGUGCGACGUUCCAAUGGAGAAGUUCUUUUCGAUAGUGCGGCAUCGUCGUUAGUCUUCCAGACGCAAUAUGUUCGUCUGCGAACUAAUCUGCCCAACGAUCCCAAUCUAUACGGCCUUGGCGAGCACACUGAUUCCUUCCGAUUGACUACCUCCAAUUAUGAGCGAGUGCUGUACAAUUCAGAAUCGCCAAAUGUACACACUAACAACAACUUGUAUGGUAGCCAUCCAGUGUACUUUGAUCACCGAGGUGACAAAGGUACCCAUGGUGUAUUUCUGCUCAACUCAGACCCAAUGAACAUUUACAUCAACAAAACCGAAUCAGGCGAGCAGUACUUGGAAUACAAUACCAUCGGAGGUAUUAUCGACCUGUACUUCCUAGCUGGUGCACAGCCGGCCGAAGUAUCCCAACAGUAUGCCGAUGUUGUUGGACACUCAGCAAUGUUUCCAUACUGGUCGUUCGGUUUCCAACAAUGCAAAUACGGUUACUGGGAUGUCAAUAUGGUUGCCGAAGUUGUUGGCAAUUACUCCACUGCUGAGAUUCCAUUGGAAGUCAUGUACACUGAUAUUGACUACAUGCAUCUGCGUGAGGACUUUACUACCGACCCUGAGCGCUUCCCAAUCUCGAAGAUGCGAGAGCUGGUACAGACCCUACACGAGCGAGAUCAGAGAUAUGUUCUGAUCCUCGAUCCUGGUAUCCAUACCAGGGCUGAUUACGCACCUUUCCAACGCGGCCAUGACAAGAAUGUCUUCCUCAAGAACGCAGAUGGCUCUGACUACUUGGGGGUGCAGUGGGCGGGAGUAUCUGCAUGGCCAGAUUGGUUCGCGCCAAACACGCAACAGUGGUGGACAGACGAACUCACAGCUGCCUUCAGCCCUGAAUCUGGUAUUGAUAUCGAUGGUGUAUGGGUUGAUAUGAACGAAGCCUCCAACUUCUGCCACGACAGGUACUGCGAUCCUGCUGCACUGGCUGAGAAGGAGGGCAACCCACCUAUCCCAACCUCCGUGCCGCGACCAAAUACCGGCCGUCCGAUUCCUGGAUUUCCUGCUUCAUUCCAGCCAAAUAAUUCACUUGCGGCAAAACGGCAAGUUGAAACUGGUACGAAGAAAGGUCUGCCCAAUCGCGAGUUGUUCGAACCCAACUACCACAUCAACAAUCAUCGUGGCAACCUUUCUGAUUUCACCAUUUACACCAACAACACGAACUAUGAUGGCACGCGACAGUACGAUACACAUAAUUUCUACGGGCAUAUGAUGGCACAUACCACUCAUACUUCCAUGCUGGCUCGUCGCCCCUCCGUUCGCCCGUUCGUACUAACGAGGUCCACGUGGGCUGGUAGCGGUCGCAAAGUCACCCAUUGGUUUGGAGACAACGCAUCUACAUGGGAACACUAUCGCAUGGCUAUUCGACAGAUGCUGAGCUUUGUUUCGAUGCAUCAGAUGCCCAUGGUUGGAUCUGAUGUGUGCGGUUUCAACAGCAACGCAGAUGAGUACAUGUGUGCACGCUGGGCCCUGCUUGGGGCCUUCCAACCAUUCUACCGCAACCACGCCGAGAUCAGUACCCGCCAACAGGAGUUCUAUCAAUGGCCUAUCGUGGCUGAGGCAGCUAAAGUAGCCAUUUACACCCGCUACAAGCUUAUGGAUUACGCCUACACUGCUCUCUAUUACCAGCAUCUCCACGGUACACCAAUGGUCAACCCACUCUUCUUCUUGUACCCUGAAGAUCCGAAUACGUUCGGCAUUCAAGAGCAAUGGUUCUAUGGCGAUGCUCUCCUCAUCUCACCUGUGACGAAUGAUUAUUCGGACACCGUAUCCUUCUACCUGCCUAAGGACACAUUUUAUGACUACUGGUCUCACGCACGAGUUGACAGCGAAGGCCGCAACCAUACGCUCUCUGGUCUUGACUGGAAAGACAUUCCCGUCCAUAUCCGCGGUGGCACCAUUAUUCCGGAGCGUGCAGAUUGGGCCUGGACGACCAAGGAACUGCGCACCCGCGAUUUCGUUGUGAUCGUUGCGCCAGGGCAGGACGGUACUGCCACAGGCCGUCUGUACCUCGAUGACGGUGAAAGUAUCGAACAGGCGUCCAUCAGUGAAAUCGAAUUUUCUUGGGAUGGUUCCACAUUCGCUUGCACAGGCACCUUUGGAUACAACGGCAAUAGUGGUGAAAGUGUCACAGUGAAGCAAGUCACUGUUCUUGGCCAGGAGAAGGCGGGCAGCACGGGACAUUUCAAUCCAGAGAAGAAGGAGAUUGUCAUUGACGGACCGUGGAAGCUUAAUGGUGCCUGGGGUUUCGCAUUAUAAUCGCUUGCUUACUGUUCGACUAGAGGUUUCUUACGGCACACGGACCUCGGGCGUCUAUAUUGGCAUAGACAUGGAGUUUGUAAAUAUCUCGUUUUAUUGCAUUGUUGCUGAACUUGCAUUCUGGCAUAGUUGCAUACCCGCUUUAGGAGCGCUGGUGGUUUUUCUUACGCAGGCCGUUACCUCAAUUGGACUGGAACCCUGUUUUCCUAUGUAUUCCUAUCAUAUUUCUAUGCAUUCUUCCGUUCUCAAUAAUCAAGAAAUACAUCCAUACAUCCAUCUGUGUGUCUUCUCAGCUCGUACAAAUGCCAUAUUGCGCCG